UCCUCCUGCAGGAGAAGCGGGCGUCCUCCUGCAGAAUCCAUGUUCAUGUACAUCAUACUGUGCUCCAUGUCUGUGCUCACCGUGGCGCUGAACCUGCUGGUCAUCAUCUCCAUCUCACACUUCAAGCAGCUCCAAACUCCCACCAACCUCCUCCUCCUCUCUCUGGCCGUCUCAGACUUCUUUGUGGGCCUCCUGGUGGUCUUUCAGAUCCUGCUCAUAGACGGCUGCUGGUUUCUUGGUGACGUCAUGUGUGUGGCCUAUUAUAUUGUGGACUACGUUGUCACCUCUGCCUCGGUGGAGACGGUGGUGCUCAUAUCGGUCGACUGUUACGUGGCGAUCUGCGAGCCUCUUCGGUACUCCAUGAAGGUGACGAAGAGGCGAGUUUGCAUCUCUGUGUCGGGCUGCUGGAUCUUCUCCUUCCUCUGCGUCUUCCUCGUGAUGAAGAACAACCUGCAGCAGCCCGGCAGUCAUAACUCCUGCCAAGGGGAGUGCGUGGUUGUUUUCGACCAGUUUUCGGGGCUGGUGGAUGUUCUGUUCUUCUUCGUCGGGCCUGUGUCGGUGGUGUUGGUUCUGUACAUCAGGGUGUUUGUGGUGGCCGUGUCUCAGGUUCGAGCCAUGCGCACUUGCGCCGUUCACGGCUCGGCCAGAGUCACUCUGAAGAAGUCUGAACUCAAAUCUGCCAGAACUCUGGGACUCGUCGGGCUGGCUUUCCUGAUCUGCCUCUGCCCGUAUUUUUCUGUCACCCAAACAGGGCAGGAGGCCCAGUUCCAGGCGUCGUCGUUCGCCUUCGUUCUCUUCUACUUUAACUCCCUCCUGAACCCUCUGAUCUACGCUCUGUUUUACCCCUGGUUCCGAAAAUCUGCUAAACUCAUCAUCACUCUUCAGGUUCUGAGAGCCGGCUCCUCUCAGAUCAAUGUGGAGUAAAAAAAAAAAAAAGACUGAUUUUUCUUCUUAAUAAAAGAGUCAAAUUUUCUUUUAAAAAGUCCAAAUUACAGAACGUUUUGUGUCAGAU